AUGACAAAACCAGCUCUCCUCAGAUUAUUAGUGGUGAUAAUGAUCAUGUUCAUUUUAAUUUUGCCAGAGUAUUUCAAGACAUCCAAAGCUUCCAUAAUGAAUGACUCAAUGGAAAUGAAAGCUGAGAAUUUUCUUCCACUUCAUGUAAUUUUCAACUUCACUGUGGUUCCUGUCGUUGAAGACUUGGGAGGAUAUGACACUACCUGUGUAGUAAAACUCCACCUUACAAACUCAACUGCUGGAAAAGACCUAACAGAGGCAACUUUGCUAAACAGCUCUCACAGAAGUGUGCAAAGCCUGAAGAGCUGUAAUCAGGUUUCUCUGCAACUUGAAAUGGAGACAGGAAAUUCUACUUGUACCAUGAAGAUCACCUGGUAUGUUUUAAUUUUAUUAGUUUUCAUAUUUCUGAUCAUCUUCACUGUCCACAAAAUAUUCCAAGAAAACGGAAGAGUUCAGACUUGGCAGAAUCGUAGAUACAAACCUGCCUCCACUGUCUUAAAAGGAAAUGAUUCUGAGAAAUUGAGAAGAGUGCUAAAUAUCCAAGUUAUUUCUGGAGCAACCAAGCAGAGAGGGCCCUCCACUUUCACAGGUGCGAAAGAAGCACUUCCUCCCAUAUCAGAACUAGAACAUUUUUUCUACAGUGAGUCGGAAAGAUCAAUAUACGCAACUUCAAUUCAUCCCCGGCACUAUAUCCCUGGUUGGAACCUCAUUUUAGAUUUUAAACUGCAUGCUAAUGGUUGCUUCUGUCAAAGGGUUAACCUUUUGAGAAAAUCAAAGGAGUAG